AAGACUAAAAAAAUGUAUAAUAAUCAUAUAAUCCCAAAUAAAUCUCCUGAAUAUAUUUGGCACUAAUUUACUAGUAUUAAUCAAGUUUUUAUUUAGCAACAAUCAUAGAAUCCCAAACAAAACUCCUCAAACACUUCACUAAUUUACUCAAAAAGUACAGACAUACUUCAUGAAACACACUUAUCAAGAAUUGUUCCACCUAUGAAUCUCGACUGUCUAGAGUGAGAAAGAUAGAAUCUUGAUUAUCUGGAGAGAGAGAGAAAAGAGGAAAAACAGAGAUGGGAAAGUGGAUUCUUGGUCAAUUUUAUAUCUCUCUCAUGUUUUUGCUGUGUGAUUCACAAGAGCAAUCGUUGAAUACAUACACUAUUUCCACCUUUUCAUACGCGAGAACUGUGCUCAGGCCUUUUGACUGGCGCUACAUUAGAGUUGAAUUGCCACCAUGGUUCUCGUCAAUGUCUUUAGCCUUGGAGUCGGAUGCAGACGUUGAUCUUCGCGGUAUAAACAAUGGGAGCUCUCUGCCAAUGAUAUGCUUUCGAGAAGGAAGCCCUCCUCUACCUGAUGUCUACAACACUUCUCUAACGGGUUUAGUGACUGAGUACAUUUCAAAUGAUUCUUUUGUUGCGUCGCAUAGCCUUCAAAAUUCUGAGAAGUGCUACCCGAUGCAGAAGAAUAUAUGGCUGAGAGUGACGAAUGAACAGAUUACUCCGGGUACGUGGUUUUUUGGACUUUUCAACGGCAUUGGACCUGUGAGGACACAGUCGAAAAUGAUUAAUCGAGGCUCAGGGUACACUUUUAGUGGGAACAUUACCGUGGAAGGCUGCACGACAUCAACAAUGCUGGGACAAUUCUGCAACCAAACAGUUAACGUGCUUUCGUGUAGUGAGAGCUAUAAUUUAACUGGAACUCGUCUGGAAAAUGGAUUGUAUAAAGGUAUGAAAAAUAAUGUCAUUGCCUGCAGAAAUGCCAACGGGGUUGUUUGUCAUGAAGAAGCACCGUAUAUCUACUCAUUAGAUGUGAUGGGAAUAGUUGAAGAGAUAUUUGUUGCAGUCACCAAUCUGACACUCAACGAGACAAACACGACGGGAAGCCUUUCCUUGAUGUGUUAUGCUAGACACGGCACCGUGCCACUGAAAACACUUCAUGAUUUUUCCGUUGACAUAAGUAAGGCCCCUUUGGUUAUAAAUUUUCCAAAAGCCGGUCGUUGGUAUAUUACUAUUCAGCCAGUCGAUAACUCUAAUACAAGUGGGACGGGGCAGAGGCAUAGCUUCAAGACGUGCUAUUUGUUAGUAUGGCAAGUGAAUCGGUGCCCUCUGGAUAAAGGUGGAUUAAAUUGCACAUUUGAAAGGCACAUUCUACAGACAGUUCUUCGGAAAAAUCCAUCUGUGCCUUUUGAGUCGAACUACAUGCCGAUAACUCAAGAGGUUUCAACAAAUUCAAACGGAUUUCCUCUGGAGCCGUUUCUAAGUAACUUCUCGACUGGAGGUAAUGGUGAUGGGGCAUGGACCUUUUUCCUCCUCGACAUCCCUUAUGGUGCAACCGGAGGAAACAUCCACAUCCAUCUGAGUGCUGACUCGAAGAUCAAGUACGAGCUCUAUGCAAGAUACGGAGGAUUGCCUUCUCUCAGUAGUUGGGAUUACUUUUAUGCAAACAGCACAAGCAGCAGCAACGGGUCCAUGUUUUUCAAGCUGUAUGACUCGAGUGAGGAGACAAUUAGCUUUUAUAUGUUAUAUGUCAGAGGAGGAACUUGGAGCUUCGGGUUGAGACAACUAAAUCCUGCUGAUUCAAGUGGUAAAACCGGCAUCUCCUUAUCGCUCGAGAGGUGCCCACAGAAAUGCUCUUCUCAUGGGACGUGUCAGUCGGUUUUAGAUACAAGUGGACUUAUGCUGUAUAGUUUCUGUGCUUGUGAUAGGAACCAUGGAGGUUUUGACUGCAGCGUCGAACUUGUGUCACACCGAGGACACAUUAAACAAUCGAUUUUCCUUAUAGCAUCGAAUGCUGCAGCAGUACUUCCCGCCUACUGGGCCCUCCGCAAUAAGGCAUUUGCAGAAUGGGUGCUUUACACAUCGAGUGGCAUCUCUAGCGCAUUGUAUCAUUCGUGUGAUGUCGGCACUUGGUGCAUACUAUCGUUUCGUGUGUUGCAGUUUCUUGACUUCUGGCUUUCUUUCAUGGCUGUCAUUAGUACUUUCGUGUACUUAGCUUCCAUUAGCGAAGUUUCAAAGAGGACGAUCCACACGAUCCUCGCAAUCGUGACAGCCCUCUUGGCUGAAAUGGGACCAACGAGGUCCAAGAACAUCAGUUAUGUCAUAGGCCUAGGAACACUCGGUCUUCUAGUCGGGUGGGCUCUCGAGUUCUGUGCUCGUAGACGGACAUUUUCGUUUCCCACAGAGUUCCAUCUGAAUCUUCUUGCUAGAUGGGAAAUCAUCAAAGAAUGGUUUCAGAGCAUAAUCAAGACGAUCAUAAAACGCUUUCGCUGGAGAUUCAUCGUAGCAGGAUUUGCUGCAUUGGCAAUGGCUGCAGUCAGCUGGAAAUUGGAGAGCUCUCAAAGCUACUGGAUUUGGCACAGUUUGUGGCACAUAUUUAUAUACUUGUCUUCCUUCCUCUUCCUCUGCUCGAAAGCAAAUACCACGACGUGUGACAGCGACAGGCCCUCGGAUGGCAGCUACGAGCUAACUCGACAAAAUUCAUUCAACAGAGGUGAACAAGGGAUUGAAAGAUAGACACAUUCUUUUUCUUUUUUUCUCCUUACACCAUAGAUCAGAUAUUUAGGCAACAAAUCUUGAAGACUUCCUCUAUUUGUAACACUGGUGUAUAUAUACAUAUAUAUCUUACAUUCACAUUCUACAUAUAGUGGGCUAAUGUAAAAUUUUGAGGAGAAUUGGUUAAAUAAAAGAAUAUUUGCUCUAAA